GAUGGUGUCUGGACGAGAAUCAUUAUUGAAAAGCCAUUCGGCCGAGAUCUUGAUUCCUCAAACAAGCUGUCAGCCCAUUUGGCUGGGAUGUUCACGGAAAAGCAAAUUUAUCGAAUUGAUCAUUACCUUGGAAAAGAAAUGAUUCAGAACCUUAUUGUUCUCCGAUUUGCCAAUAGAAUAUUUAGUCCCCUGUGGAAUCGCGAUCACAUCGAUAACGUUAUGAUUUCUUUCAAAGAAUCGUUCGGCACAGAUGGACGUGGAGGCUACUUUGAUAAUUAUGGCAUCAUUCGUUAUAAUUCACAGAUAGCUUGA